AUGAGCUCGUACCUUGCCUCGUUUACCUCCUCGUCCUCCAUCUCCAAUGUCCUGGGGUCCAGACUCAACAGCCUCCGCCGGGCCAUCACACUAGGCGACGAUAAAGACGACCCGGAGAAUGAAGACUGCUCGCACAUCUCCAACGCCCUCCGAGCAUACUACACAGAAAAGGGACGGCCGUUCCCUAGCUGGCUCCCUCCAGACCCAAAGGCCCCAGCCUCCGCUGCACCCCGUCCCAUCGCAACCGCCUCCUCCGGACAAUACGGGCAAGCUCCCGCCGGUGCGUACGGCCGGGGUGGUGGUCUAGGAGAUCUCUGGGGUGAUUCAGGCGCACCAUCUCCCGGAAGUGCGCAGACGUCGAGUCUCCGCCGUGGCCGUGGCAGCGCUGCGAGUGGUGCCAGCGGUUCAGGGCUGACACCUGCCCAAAGUGCUCCCCCCGGCCCUGUGAACUCCCCCCCCCGCCCCAGCUCUCGCACGCGCAGUCUCACUCACCUUCAUCGGGUGGGCUGCAUCCGGCUGGGGCACGUCCGUUGCCGAGCCAGCGUUCUGGAUCCUAUCAGUCCACGCAGUCUGGGCGGUCUAGCCAGGAUAGUAGGUCUGGGGCAGGCUCGGCGCAGGAGCGGCUGCGGGCACGUUUGCAUGGGGGACGAUCCCCCAGUCCAGGGAAUAUCGAUCCGAGCGUUCGCAAGCCGGUGGGAGGAAGACAGUGGUAGUGCGAAUGAGAUCCUCGGCUUAUCUGAGAUGGGAAAAUCCCGCAAUUCCCAGCGCCCCGAGAUCGCUGGGGGGAAGCCAAACUCACAUAUCCAGUAUCCCGUGUUGGACCAUGGUGUCCUACCGUUCUGGGUUUGUAAUCCUCCAAAAACCAUCCACAUUGCAUCAACGUUCGGAACCUGGUUUCCUCACAUCCAAAUUGUCGUGCAGAUCGUCGUCCCACACUGGCUCCGGCCCGGCAUGGCCCUGAGCGCUGAGUGGAUGCCGAUGCAGCGUUUCGCCGAGGUGUCGCCGAUACGCACUGCAGGACUCCAUGGGGUUGCCCCAACUCGCGUUGUGGAUGCGUAA